AUGUACACAUUUGCAGUCCAGGGGGAACAGAACGAACCAUUGUUAUCAAAGGAAUGGUCGCUAUAUAAAGUCGGCGGUGCGAGUACCCACUCCCCCCCGGGCGCGUUGUCGCCCAGCGCAGCUUCACGAAAGCGUUCGCCACCUUCCAGAUCCCCCUCCCCGAACCGUCGCCGCUCUCCACCAGGAGACUCUCUCCGAGAUGAUACAGAUGUCUCUGGCGUCGACCCGGCCCGGACAAUCGAGCGGGAACGCCAGCUCGCGGAUCGGGUCCGCGAACAUGAACGCCAGGAAGCCGCCCGCAAGCCGCUGACCGAGGAAGAGAAACAGGCCUCCGCAAAGGCCGAAUAUGAAAAGCUUCUCAACAUGCGAUCAGGUGGUACCUACAUUCCCCCAGCACGCCUCCGUGCACUGCAGGCACAGAUCACGGACAAAACCAGUAAGGAGUACCAGCGCAUGGCAUGGGAGGCAUUGAAGAAAUCGAUCAAUGGUCUUAUCAAUAAGGUCAAUGUCUCCAACAUCAAGUAUAUCGUACCAGAACUGUUUGGAGAGAACUUGGUGCGAGGCCGGGGCCUGUUCUGCCGCUCGAUAAUGAAAGCGCAGGCGGCUAGUUUGCCCUUCACCCCCAUCUACGCUGCCAUGACUGCCAUCGUCAAUACCAAGCUACCCCAGGUGGGAGACCUGUUGCUGUCCCGGUUGAUCAUUCAGUUCCGCAAGGCGUUCAAACGAAAUGACAAGGCGGUCUGUAUUUCAUCGACCACCUUUAUCGCGCACCUUUGCAAUACCCAAGUCGCGCACGAAAUGCUUGCAGCUCAAAUUCUACUGCUCCUGCUUCACAAGCCCACGGAUGACAGUGUGGAAAUCGCAGUGGGACUGACUCGAGAAGUUGGUCAUCACCUGGAGGAAAUGAACCCCCCCAUUGCGCUGGCUGUCUUCGACCAGUUCCGCAACAUCCUUCACGAAGCCGACAUCGACAAACGAGUUCAAUACAUGAUCGAAGUGCUCUUUCAGGUCCGUAAGGACCGCUAUAAGGACAAUCUUGCUGUCAAGGAAGAACUAGAUCUUGUGGAAGAGGAGGACCAGAUCACACAUCGUCUUGGCUUGGAUGAUGAAAUCGAAUCUCAAGACAUGCUCAAUAUCUUCAAGUUCGACUCAGAGUGGGAGGAACACGAGGAAGCUUACAAGAACCUCAAAGCUGAAAUUCUUGGCGACGACAGCGACGCGGAAGACGACGACGAGGAUGACAGUGAAGGAAGCUCGGAAGAGGAAUCGGAUUCUGAGGAACAAAAGAUGGACAUCAAGGAUCAGAGCAACACAGACUUGGUCAAUCUACGCCGGACAAUCUACCUGACAAUAAUGUCCAGCAUCGACUUUGAAGAAUGCUGUCACAAGUUGAUGAAGAUCAAUCUUCCUGCAGGGUUGGAGCCAGAACUGCCCUCCAUGAUCAUCGAAUGCUGCUCUCAAGAACGAACAUUCUCAAAGUUCUAUGGAUUGAUCGGCGAGAGAUUUGCCAAGAUCAACCGACUUUGGUCUGACUUGUUUGAAGCCGCGUUCGCCAAAUAUUACGAUACCAUUCAUCGCUAUGAGACGAACCGUCUCCGCAACAUUGCACGCUUUUUUGGACAUAUGAUCAGCAACGAUGCUAUUGGGUGGCAUGUUUUAUCUGUUGUCCACAUGAAUGAGGAGGAGACUACGUCAAGUAGUCGGAUCUUUAUCAAAAUUCUAUUUCAAGACCUAGCGGAGCACAUGGGCCUGCCGACCCUACAAGCCCGUUUCCGCGACGAUAUUCUGCGGCCAAGCUUCGAGGGCCUGUUCCCAACAGAAAACCCACGACACACUCGCUUCUCUAUCAACUACUUCACGAGUGUCGGCAUGGGUGCUUUGACGGAAGACAUGCGGGAACACCUCAAGAACGCACCGAAACCUACAUUGCCUGCAUUACCGGCUGGAAGAUCUCCAUCUCGUUCACCAUCCGUUCGGUCCCACCCAGCAUCAUGUUCGACAUGCACCCCUCGCUCAUCCCGCUCUCCUUCUCGCUCUCGUUCCCGUUCCCGCUCAUAUUCAUUAUCGCGAUCUCGUUCAAGGGGUCGGGGUCGCUCUUACUCCCGUUCUAUCACACCUUCCUCGCGGGGUCGAAGUUACACGCCCUCUCGCUCCCGCUCCCGCUCCCGCUCCCCCUUCCGUCGUGCCCGACAUGGCUCAUCUCCAAACCGAUCAAAGUCGCCAUCUGUUCGAUCACGAUCUGUCUCGCCUGCACCUCUUCGGCGCUCUCGCGCUCGCUCUGGCUCUCGUACUGUCAGUCGUAGCCCGUACCGGGCUCGACGGUCCUCAUCUCAGUCUGCUACGCCGCCACGACGUGGGCGCAGUUAUUCGCGAUCACCCUCGCGUUCCGUCACGCCUCCUCGGGGUCCGGCAUCUAAAGUUGCUACACAACCAUCCAAAUCCCCUCGCCGAGCACGCGAUCAUGCUUCACAUACACCCCCGAGACGAAAAGAUGAUGUGCGCAAGCAAACUUCUUCCCAGACCCCCCCUCGACGACGCUAG